CAUCGGCUCGCUGCGAGAUCAAAACCUCGUCAAAGAAUGUCAAAAUUCGCUGACGCAGUGUUUUAAAGAUAUAUAUUUUUCUCCAGUUGGCGUUUCAACUAUGCUACGUGCCAUACAUAUUUACUUGCGUAAAAUAUUUCUGGCUUAUUGCGAAUGGCGGUGCUGGUUACGCAUGAUUCCAUUAAUUUCAGCGUCGUUAGCUCGCGCCCCCUGAGAAACGGUCAGGUUCAGUCCGCGCCAAUCUCGCUUUCCCGCCUUCUUUCGCAAGUGACGUUCUUUUUCAGGCUGCAUUUAGGAGUACCCACCUGGAAACUGAUCUGUGCUCACUAAUUAAGUUCCGAUUUUAAUCGACGAUUUUUGUGCCCAAGAAGCAAUGGCAUCUCCCUUGACUGGUGGCGCAGUCGAGCGCAUUCUGAAUGGCGAGACGGUGGACAAGCCGGUCCUUCAGGUCCUGAACUUCAAGCCCAUCGCUGGCAACACCACGGACCGUUAUCGGCUGCUGCUCUCCGAUGGAGUCAAGUGCCACACUUAUGCAAUGUUGGGGACACAGCUCAACAGCAAGAUCAUUGACAAGGAGAUCGAGCGGUUUGCGGUGGUCCAGCUGGACAAGUACAUGUGCAACACCAUCAGCCCGGAGAAGAAGAUAUUGAUCAUUCUGGAACUGACUGUGAUUGCCAACGGAGCCGACGUCGGGUCCAAGCUGGGGAAUCCCGUCAUGCCGUCCUCCACGGGGGCAGCCGCUCCUUCGGACGGAGACGGCGCAUCGAACAGGACCCCGGCGUCGAGCGAGUUUGCGGCGUCGGUCAAGCCACCGGGCGGAGCGCAGUUCCCGACCAGGAACACUCAGCCUGCACCUAUGCAGUCUUCGUUCCGGAGCAACGGCGGGCCCACAAGUGGAGGGGACGUCGUGGUGCUUCCCAUCUGCAGCCUAACCCCCUACCAGAACAAGUGGACCAUCCGGGCCCGUGUGACCAACAAGUCUGCAAUCCGGACCUGGAACAACGCCCGGGGAGAGGGCAAGUUGUUCUCCAUGGACCUGCUGGACGAGAGCGGCGAGAUACGCGCCACUGCCUUUAACGCUGAGUGCGACAGGUUCUACGACCUCGUCGAAGUCAACAAGGUGUACUACAUCUCAAGGGCUAACCUGAAGACCGCCAACCCCAAGUUCUCGUCACUCAAGAACGAGUUUGAGAUGUCGUUCACUCAGGAGACGGCCAUGACUCCCUGCGAGGAGGCUGCUCCCCACAUCCCCACGCUGCAGUUCAACUUCGUACCCAUCCGGCGCCUGCAGGAGAUUGGCCCGGACAAAGUCGUGGACGUCAUUGGAGUCUGCAAGGAUGCUGGGACCGUACAGACUGUCGUGCGGCGGGCCAACAACCAAGAGCUGAAGAAGCGGGACGUUUCCCUCGUGGACAAGAGCAGUGCGGAGGUCUCCCUCACCCUCUGGGGUGACCAGGCAGAAGCAUUUGACGGGAGCAAUAAUCCCGUAAUCGCCGUCAAAGGAGUGCGGGUGUCAGACUUCAGUGGAGUGUCUCUGUCCAUGAUUGGGUCCAGCCAGCUACAAGUGAACCCCGACAUCCCGGAGUCACACGCUCUGAUUGGCUGGUACAGCAACGAGGGUGCAUCGCUGCAGACGCAGUCUCUGUCCGUACGCACCGGAGGGUUCGAAGGUGCGGCGGCAUCCUGGAAGCACCUUUCGGAGGCCAAGUCGCAGAAGCUGGGCUUUGGAGACAAGCCGGACUACUUCUCGUGCAAGGCGAGCGUGGCCAUCGUGCGUAAGGAGAACUGCUUGUACAAGGCCUGCCCCGCCGAGAAGUGCAACAAGAAGCUGGUGAACCUGGAGAACGGGCUCUACCGCUGCGAGAAGUGCAACGAGCAGACCUCAGAAUUCAAGUGGAGGCUCAUCGUCUCGGCCCACUUGUGCGACUUCAGCGCUGGCCAGUGGGUGACCUGCUUUGGCGCAGAGGCUGAACAACUGCUGGGGAACACCGCUGCGGAGCUGGGAGGAUUCUUCGAAGGGGAUCACGAGAGAUUUGAAGAGGCUGUAAACGAUGCAGCGUUCCGAACCUUCAUCUUCAAAUUGCGGACCAAAAUGGAAACCUACAAUGAUGAGAGCCGGCUCAAGACCUCGGUGGUUUCCAUCAACCCUGUCAACUAUGUGGACUACACCAAGAAGCUUCUCAAGGACAUUGCUGAGUUCGAGAAAGUCUUGUGAACUUUGAUUCUACUUUGAUUCUGUGAGCACUAUUCCUGCAAAUUGUGCUCUUUCUGAUCAGUGUUGAUUCUAAUAAACUAACAAUGGUGUUUUUUUA